UAUUAUGAGUAUAAAACCGCGUACCCUAGUUUCAAACCCAACCAGUUGAUUAACUCAGCCAAAGCAAAGAGUUGCUAUUUUAGCGAAAUGUAUAAACCAACUUGGUGGGAAUUUUGCGCUUCCUUGCUAAUGUUGGCGACAUUGUUUCAACAGUGCGCAGGCUCACAGCGCUUUUGCGGGAAAGCGUUACCAGAAGCGCUCGAUCAGAUUUGUUUUAAUGGUUACAAUACGAAAAUUAAAAAGUCAAUGGAAUGGGAUGACUACACCAACAAUGAAGUCGGAGUAGAGCUGCCGUUCACCUACGCAAAAUGGCCCUUCCUGGCUAAAGUUCAUGGUGGAGAAGUUAAUUUGAAGGCCAAGCAGCGUGGUCGUCGACAUGGCGUAUAUGAUGAAUGCUGUCGCAAGGGUUGUACCUACAAUGAGUUGGUCUCUUACUGUUUGUAAAUUUUAUCUGGAUCAGAAUAAAAGUUCUGUUUAAUGAUUACCAAUCGGAAGAUAUUGUGAGGAGAGUGGCUAAGAAGGAGUUACGCUUGAAAAUAUUCAAUGGAAAUCACUCGUAGCUGAAUGUUUUUUUAUUUAUGCUUCUGAGCCAUAUGCUGCAAUGCAGAAAUAUAAAAAAAUAAUAAACGAAAAUAAUUAAAAAAAAAAUAAUAAUAAUGAAAAAGAAACACAAUAAAAUAUACCAUACGCUGUCUCAUAUAUCCUUUAUCGUUCGUGUAUAGCUCAAUUACCUAAAUUGUUAUUUAUGUAUUUGUACUCGUCUAAAACGAAAUGUUCAUAAAUAAAAUAUAUGCGCAAAUUUGGAAAAAUACGGAAAAGCACUUCUGCUGCUGAACUGCAAUAACUCUGUAAACUCAGUUACAAAAUAUUGAGAUGAUUUUAGUGUAUCAAUUUAAAUGAAAAUUGUAUGUCUGGCCAAGUGACGAUUUCGCAUUUUGUUAUAAAUUGCCGCACAAUAUUGCCAAAGAAUAAAUAAAAUUUUGCAUAGUUGGCCAAUAACAGCUGUGCUUUCCACAGCGCUAUUCCCACCAUUGUUGCUGUCCUGCCCCCACUUCAGCCUCUGCUUCUAUUACCCGCAACAUUAAACGUUGGCACGGGCAACAGCAAAUGCUUUUCGCGCUAGUACCGCCAUUCUUGCCACUUUUUUCGUUGUUGUAAUUGACGUUGACAUUGCUGCAGUCAGUUUGUCAGAUUAUGCUUUGCUAGCCAUCUGGCAAAUGUAACUAUCCUGUUCACAACGUUCAUGCCUUGCUCGAUUUUGUGUUGUUGCUUUUUUCUCAGUAUAUUCUUGGUGGUCUCCUUUCCACUUUACCCAAGCAACUCGGUAUCUCUGGUGCGCCUCUUACAGAUAGCUAAAAUUAAUUUCAUACUUAUUGGCUAUUUUUCAUUCUCCGUUCUCUUCCCUUCGUUGUUUGCAGUUCUCCAGUUGGUGGUUUAUCAUAUUACUACUCAUACCUUCUUCUGCCCCUUCCUCGCCAACCAUUUGAACGUGCAACUGACUGACACUUUUCUGUUGUCCAAUUUGAGCUCAGCAAUUUUUUCGUAAAAUGUGUGUUGAAAAGCUAAAAUUCAAUGUUGACAGUCGAGAUUUUUAGCUCAUUGGUGAAUGUUUAA